CCUCCAUAUUCGUUUGGUGUGUCUCCUAAUUACAUAAACGUGAGUCGUGCCACAUACAAAGUUAGUCACUAGCCCAGUGGUGUGAAUAUCAAAAAGAAGUCUUCAUUCAGAGAAAAACAUAACAAAGAAAAAAGCAGAAUUUUACAGUAAAACCCUAAUCAUCAUGUCUCCGUCUGCUUUCGAUCGCAACCUGAGAGUUUCCCUUGCAGUGAUGGCGGGUUCUCCUAUCGAAGAAAGGUCGAUUUCCUCUGAUUCACUCAAACAAAUGGAGCAAUCUCCCGAGCAGUCACCGUCUCCUCUGUUUCCGUCGCUUCCAGACGACGUCACCGUCGACAUCGUAGCUCGUGUGGUGAUGGAGGGGAAGCUCGUCUUGAAAAGUUUUAGGAAUCACCACGGUUUUGCUUAUGAACCAAGAGAAAACAAGUGGGAGUUGAACGAGGUGUUGAACGCCAAGGAGUGGAAGGGUGCGUGUGUGAUUGAUGAUGUCCUCUACUACCACGAUCGUUCUGGCAAGGCGGGGGCGUUGAUGGCGUUUGAUCCCAAGCAGAGCCCCUGUUGGAGUGUUGUCAACGGUUUGGAAGAGUUUUUCGCUGUGGAGGAGACUGAUCGAUCCAGAGUGGUCAAGUGUGGGGAGAAGAUGUUGGCUCUCUUCUUUACUAAAAAACAUGACGCCAAGAAGAAAGUCAUUUGCUGUGCAGAGAUUGCUUUGGGAAGGCGCCAAGGAGAGAUUUGGGGUAAGGUGUUGUCGUGCGAUGUUGUUUUUGAGGAUGGGCUGUUUGACAUGGUGAAGUGUGUGUCUGUCACCGUUUGAUGCACAGCCAUUAAAACACUCUAUUUUGUUUACAUCUUUCGUAUUUUCCAAAGGUUAAAGAUACAAUGGCCACACAAAAAUGUGAAUGAACCCUCUUGAGUUA